AUGUUGUCCCGGACGAGUGCGAUCCGAUCUCGCAGCACUCAAGUACUGAAUAGAAGAGUUCGAUCAUCACAUAAUAGGCUUUUCUCUGGCGGGGUCUCCGCCAGAUCUUAUGGCAUCACUAGCCAAGCACUGCUAUCGGUGGUUCCAUCAACCGUGGUUGGAUCCUCUUGGUUCUUGACCCACAACGGCCAUGGUGCACAAUCUGAGUGCACGACCAUGAUAUUGGCUAGCAGUCCAUCGACGUUGGCAACUAGUAAGCAAUCAUUCUAUCGACAAUUCCUUCGUUGGUUACAACAGUGGUGGACGAAAGCAUGGGGAUUUACCUUGGUGGCUACGAGAACCACUGAAGUUGCCCUUCGGUUAUCUCCACUGGCUAUAUUAUCGCCCCUUGCUUUACUCUUUGAUUCAGUUUACCUCAAGAAUGUCACCUGGAACUAUCUUGUAUCUUCCAUUCAAGGCAUUGGACCAGUGGCUGUCAAGUUUGCUCAAUGGAUUGCCACCCGGCGAGAUAUCUUUCCUCCCACACUCUGUGACAAGUUGGGAGUCUUGCACGAUCAGGGAUAUCCUCAUGCGUGGAUACAUACGGAUGACACCCUGACACGAGCAUUUGGAGACUAUCAAGCCAAAGGCUUGGUAGUGAACGAGAAGGAUGUGAUUGGGUGUGGAUCGGCUGCACAAGUGUAUCGCGGCAAACUGACGACCCAAGGCAGCAACGGAGAGACUAUUGAAAAGAUGGUCGCCAUAAAAGUGUUACAUCCAAAGUUCCAAAAGCAGGUCGAUGGUGAUUUGAAGCUAAUCACCAUCAUUGCAGAGCUACUCCAUUCAAUUCCAGCGGAUGUCAUUCGGAUGCUGAACUUACCCCGGGCAACGGAAACCUUUGGAACGGCUCUAUGCCUGCAAGCUGAUUUGACCUACGAAGCCGAAAAUUUGAAACAAUUCAGAAGCAAUUUUUACCGCGAUUCCAAGUCCAAAGAAAAGAACUCGACCAUCGUAUUUCCGAAACCAUUAGAAGGCUGGUCCAAUCCUCAAGUCAUCGUUGAGGAAUAUGUGGACAAUGCGGUCCCGAUAUCCCAGUUCUUGCAUGAUUCGUCACCUGAAGGCGUUGCUGUUCGUCGAGACUUGGCAGGGCCUCUACUGAGAGCAUUUCUAAAGAUGGUCUUCUUGGACAAUUUUGUCCAUGGCGAUUUACACCCUGGCAAUGUGCUAGUCAAGACGACGACCAAGAAGCAAGAGACUUCAUGGUUCUGGAAUUCCAGCAACGAUGAAGGAAAAGAGAUUACACACCACUCGAUCGUUUUCUUGGAUGCUGGCAUAACCAAUUCAUUAAGUCCCGAUGACCAAAGGAAUCUAAAGGAUCUAUUUCGUGCAGUGAUUUUCAAUGAAGGGGAAAAGGCUGGUCGUCUCAUGGUGGAACGAGCCAAGUACGAACGUUGCAGUCAAAUUCCGGGUGGUGUGGAUGCUUUUGCCAAGGGUGUUGGUGAAAUUGUGUCCGAGUUCCAUGACCGGCGCAAAGAAGGUUUGACGCUGGGUGCUGUCCGGAUAGGAGGACUAUUGGGACGUGUUUUGGAUCUAUGCCGUGUCCAUGGAGUGGAGAUUGAUCCCGCCAUGGCUAGUGUCGUGAUCUCAACCUUGGUACUAGAAGGUCUGGGUCGAUCGUUGUCACCCGAACUUAACCUGAUCGACUUUGCUCGACCCUUUGUGAUGGGAGGCGGAACUGUUUGA